CCCCACCAGGUGUGGCCUCCUGCAUUCCCAGGACCAGAGGCAGCUGUGGAGGGAGAAGGGGGGGUGGACAAAGGAGGGACGCAAAGGGACGCGAUCCUGCUGCACCCGAGGAUUGGCCAGGCUGCGCCCUCUCAUUCGGCACCUGACUGGGAGGUGCUCACAGCGACAGUGACCUCGGCCACCGCCCUGAGCUCUGCCAGUCCCAACCAGGAGGUCCAAGUCAUGAGGGGGCCGCCCCGUGGGCCACCAGAGCCCCCUCAGAGGCAGAGGUGAGGUGGGGAGGGCCGCUGGCUGCACAGGCGCUAUGGACAAGUUCCGGAUGAUCUUCCAGUUCCUGCAGUCCAACCAGGAGUCCUUCAUGAACGGCAUCUGCGGCAUCAUGGCGCUGGCCAGCGCCCAAAUGUACUCAGCCUUCGACUUCAACUGCCCCUGCUUGCCGGGCUACAACGCAGCCUACAGCGUGGGCAUCCUGCUGGCGCCGCCGCUGGUGCUCUUCCUGCUCGGCCUGGUCCUGAACAACAACGUGUCCAUGCUGGCCGAGGAAUGGAAGCGGCCCCUGGGCCGCCGGGCCAAGGACCCCGCCGUCCUGCGCUACAUGUUCUGCUCCAUGGCGCAGCGGGCCCUCAUCGCCCCCGUGGUCUGGGUGGCCGUCACCCUGCUGGAUGGCAAGUGCUUCCUCUGCGCCUUCUGCACCGCUGUACCUGUGGCUGCCCUGGGCAACGGCAGCCUGGCGCCCGCUCUGCCUGCUCCUGAGCUCGCCCGCCUGCUGGCCCGGGUUCCCUGCCCCGAGAUCUAUGAUGGUGACUGGCUGCUGGCCCGAGAGGUGGCUGUGCGCUACCUACGCUGCAUCUCCCAGGCGCUGGGCUGGUCCUUCGUGCUGCUGACCACGCUGCUGGCCUUCGUGGUACGCUCGGUGCGGCCCUGCUUCACGCAGGCCGCUUUCCUCAAAAGCAAGUACUGGUCCCACUACAUUGAUAUCGAGCGCAAGCUCUUCGAUGAGACCUGCACGGAGCACGCCAAGGCCUUCGCCAAGGUCUGCAUCCAGCAGUUCUUCGAGGCUGUGAGCCAUGACCUGGAGCUGGGCCACGCCCACGGGGCGCUGGCCACUGCCACCGCGGCCUCCGCUGCCCACAGCCCCACCGAUGGCGCCGCAGAGGAGAGGGACAAGCUUCGCGGUAUCACGGACCAAGGCACCAUGAACAGGCUGCUCAUGAGCUGGCACAAGUGCAGACCUCCUCUGCACCUGGGCCAGGAGCAGCCGCUGCUGAGCAAUGGCUGGGCAGGGGCCGGGCCCCGGGCCCCACGCAGGGAGGUGGCCACCUACCUCAGCAGAGUGUAGAUCCUCAAGCCACACAGGAGAACGAAGGCACUGGUGCUGGCAGGGGCCAGGGUGGCUCCCCGUACCCAAGCUCCCAGCUGCCCCUGUGAGAAGGGAGCCUUGGAGAUGGCGGGCACCUCAUCCUCACUGUGACACCGCCCUGCAGGCCCUGGGCAGCUGGCCCCUGAGCAGUAUUAGAAGGGUGGGAAGCUUGGAGGGACAGGACAGAGGGCCAGCACCUGGCCUCCCCUCCCAGAGGGCUGGUUUAAUCCCUGGCUCUCUCUCCUCUCAGGCCUCCCAGGCUUGGUGCCCCAGACUUGCUCCUGCCUGGCACUGUUUUUCUUAAUUUGUUCUUGUUACUGGCGAUUGAACCC